AUGGAAGCAGUGCGGGUAGAGGAAGUAGCUGCACUGGAUGCAGGCGAAGACGUCCACGGACGCCGCGAUCAGUCAUGCACAUCCGAAGCACUGAAUCCAUUGGUCGAGCCCUCGGGUGAAGGGUUGAUAAGGGAUCCAGUUGUGUGGAUGGCUGAAAUGCUUGUGGAAUUCCAUCUAUGUUUUGGGCUCUGUGCGCUCGUCUGUGAGAGAAGGGAGGAAGGGAGGUUGGCUUAUAAACUCCAUCAGGAACUCCUCAUAUAUGUAGGAAAUAGUGGAAGGAGUGUCCUAUCUUUAGUAAAAGCUGGCACGAACGAGACUGAUCGGCUUGCUUUGCUGGAAUUCAAGGCUCGAAUAGUUGAUCCUGGCGGGGUUUUGAGCUCAUGGAAUGAUUCUAGCCACUUCUGCGAAUGGUAUGGCAUCACAUGCGGUCGUAGACACCGAAGGGUCACCAUACUAGACCUCCACUCCAAGAACCUGGCUGGGGUUGUGCCGCCCCAUAUUGGUAACUUGAGCUUUCUGAGGGAAGUCUAUUUGCAGAACAACAGUUUCUGCUCUGAAAUUCCCUUGCAAUUUGGCCGCUUGUUUAAGUUGCACGAGUUGUUCCUUAAUAAUAACUCAUUUAGCGGACAAAUCCAUUCGAAUCUCUCCCAUUGCUCUAAUUUGCUCAUUCUUAAUUUAGGUCUAAAUAGGCUGGAAGGAAAUUUGCCUACAGAGCUUGGGUCGUUGUCCAUGCUCCAAAAACUUCAACUUGAAGGUAACAGCUUGACCGGAAACAUUCCGCCAUCAUUUGGAAACUUAUCCUUUCUUCAAUUCUUUAGAUUGGGGAAAAAUAAUCUCGGCGGUACAAUCCCAGAGACUCUAGGCCGACUAAGAAAUCUAUACUUCCUCAGUCUCACCUUCAACAAAUUUGUUGGUAGGAUUCCUAUCUCGAUUUUCAAUAUAUCCACUAUGAUAUCCCUUUAUGUGAGUGCAAAUCAAUUAGAGGGGGGCUUACCCAAUGAUUUAGGCUUCACCCUUCCAAAUCUCAGGGAAAUCGCUUUGUUUGAAAACCACCUCACUGGACCCAUUCCUGAGUCAAUAACCAAUGCCUCUAAUCUUGGUAUGUUCGUAAUCGGGUUGAACAACUUUACUGGGAAAGUUCCUUCUUUCUCAAAUAUGAGAGAACACUAUUGGCUUGAAAUUGGCUUUAACAACUUAGGAAGUGGGGAGUUUGUUGAUUUGGAUUUCCUUUGCUCUUUAACCAAUUCCACAAAAUUGGAAAAAUUAGGUAUAGAGGCCAAUGCUUUCAGAGGACCAAUACCCGAUUGUAUCAAUAACCUCUCUAUCACCCUUACACAUUUUUUGUUGCACAAUAACCAUAUUUCUGGAACCUUACCUUCUGGAAUUGGAAAUCUCAUCAAUUUGGAAAUCUUGGCCAUGGGGCUUAACAACAUCUCGGGAAACAUUCCUUUGGAGAUUGGAAACCUAAACAAAUUGGGGAUUAUGGAUCUUAGUCGAAAUAAAUUCUUGGGGAAGAUACCAGAAUCUAUCGGGAAUUUAAGGAUGUUAACCAUAGUGUACAUGGAUAGCAAUAAUCUCUGGGGCCCAAUACCAUCGUCUCUAGGAAAUUGCCAAAACCUACUUGUCCUAGACCUUUCAACCAAUAACCUCAGCGGUAACAUUCCCCUGGAAAUUAUGGGCCUCUCAUCUUUGUCAAUUUAUCUUAACUUGUCUCAAAAUAGUUUGACCGGCUCCCUUCCGAUAGAGGUUGGAAAGUUGAAAAAUCUCGGUGCAUUAGCUCUUAAUGGGAACAAACUAUCUCAACAGAUUCCAAGCAGUAUCGGCAGUUGUCUAAGCAUGGAAGGCCUAUAUGUGCAAGAUAAUUUCUUUGAAGGGCCCCUGCCAUUGACUAUGAGUUCCAUGAAAGGCCUUCAAGAUUUGAAUGUUUCCAACAACCAAUUGUCCGGCCAUAUCCCAGAAUUUCUAGGGUCACUAAAUCUGACAAAUUUGAGCCUAUCUUACAACAAUUUCGAGGGUGCAUUGCCUAUAGGAGGAGUUUUCAGAAGUGUCAUUUCAACUUCAGUUGUUGGAAAUAAGAAGCUUUGCGGGGGUCUGCCAAAUUUUCAACUACCGAAAUGCGACUGCAAAGAGUCCAAACAUGUGAGAAUAAGUGGAAUCACAAAAAUCCUAAUAUCCACAGUCUCAGCUCUUGUAGGAGUAGCCUCUGUACUCUCUUUCUUAUACUUCUUUUGGUUUAGACACAAUAAGAAUACAUUAGCUUCAAGCUCUUUUGAAAAUGGGCUUUUGCAUGUUUCUUAUCACAGUCUACUAAGAGCAACGAAUGAAUUCUCUUCCACCAAUUUGCUCGGCAUGGGUAGUUUUGGGUCCGUGUAUAGAGGGUUUCUUGAUCAGACUCAGUCAAUUGUGGCCGUCAAGAUUCUUGAUCUUACAUGUUACGGAGCUUCCAAGAGCUUCAUAACUGAGUGCGAGGCCUUGAGAAGAAUCCGACACCGUAAUCUCGUGAAGGUACUUACGGCAUGUUCUGGGUUUGAUUUUAAUGGAAAUGAUUUCAAGGCAUUGGUCUAUGAAUUCAUGUCGAAUGGGAGCUUGGAUGAAUGGUUGCACCCAACUACAUCGCAGUAUACGGCAAGAAGCAAGUUGAGUCUACUUGGGAGAGUGAAUAUUGCCAUUGAUGUUGCUUGCGCACUAGAUUAUCUCCAUCAUCACUGUGAAACGCCAAUAGUUCAUUGUGAUCUAAAGCCAAGCAACGUCCUUCUUGAUGCUGAAAUGACUGGACAUGUAGGUGAUUUCGGGCUUGCCAAGUUCCUCCCGGAAGCAACGCAUAAGUUAUUGGUCAAUCAAUCAAGCUCUAUCGGAGUAAAAGGAUCUUUUGGCUACAUAGCUCCAGAGUAUGGCUCGGGAAGUGCAAUAUCCACAGAAGGAGAUGUGCACAUAGCUUCGGAGUCCUCGUUUUGGAGAUGUUCACAGGCAGCUCUAGCAAAUCAAGUGGAAAAGGUAAUUGAUCCCAUCCUGCUUCAAGAAAACCAAGAGUCCAAGAAAAGACGAACGGUCACUUUAGAUGGCAAGAACAAAAGCUGGUUUAGCACUCUAGAGUGUUUGGUUUCGAUCAUCGAAAUAGGAGUGACUUGCUCUUUUGAGUCUCCGAGGGAACGGAUGGAUAUCAUUGAUGCAUUGACUAAACUCCAAGGAAUCAGGAAGAAACAUUUGAGUUCAUUGGCAUUGCCUAGUUGA